AUGAGACAAGAAAACACUGGCUCGUCACUAAACGGCGAUCCCAGUCGCCGCAACCAAAGCAGUCAAAGCGCGCGUCUCGAGCCUCCAAACGACUCUCCUCAAACAUCUGACCAACUCGCCGAAGAACUGGUUUAUUACCGAAGCUUCCUCGAACAGCUUCUAGGAUUAGUCCGCAACGGAGACCAGGAUACUGUCAAUCAGAUGGUCUCCAUGAUUCGUUCGGACGCCACCCACCAGCAAAUUCUGGCAGCCUUGUCUGAGAAUUCCGCCAACGAUGGCCAGACUGCCCAAGGGGCUCAUGGUCGGAAUAAUCACAACCCGAACUGA